GUUGAAGAUAUUCUACCUCAAUCAUCCUCCACCGAAUCCCAGAGUGAAUCACACGAUUGGCGUCAAGAGGCAAGGAUUUGCGGAGACGGUUCGAAUCUGGACCAAGCGGCUCAGAAUAAUCGGAGCACCUACUUUUUGCCACCGUUGCCUCAGCUCACCUAUCAAUCGAUUGGGCAAAUGCUACGAAGCCUUUGGUCGCUUUCGGAUAUGGAGGGCCUCUCCAGCUAUAAGGAACCGCAGUUUUCAACUCGCCCGAGUAAAGUCAACCUCCCUAGCGAGAUUCGAAAUCGUCGCAUCUGCCUUGCGAUUGACU